GUUGACCCAGCACGCUGCACAGCCGAGAAGCUCUGCUAUAUAACAGCCGGCCCAGGAGGUGUAGGUCAGAGCUUGAGGUCCGCACCUCCGAGCUGGUCGCUGUCGAACAACUUUGAACACCGCCACCAUGAAGGUGUACGUGGUGUUGUCGGUGCUGUGCGUGCUUGCCAUCUCUUCAUGCCUGGGCCAGAAAGACGCGACGCCGCCGCCCUACCCGCCGUGGCCGCCCCCAGGUGUGCCCAUGCCGGUGCCCAAGCCGGCGCCCAUGCCGGUGCCCAGGCCGCCACCCAUCCCACCGGCGCAAAUGCCGGUGCCCGUCAUCCCCCAAUACCCCAAGCCGCCGCCCACCUGGAAGUUCCGCCGCUCGCUCCAAGACUAGCCAUAACCGAAACGACAUCAUAUAAAUUCAUCGGUGUUAAAAUCGAUUCUCAGCAAAAUCGAUUAUCGAAAUCUGAGAACUCAUAUAUUAAUGCAACGAUGCGCAUAUGAGGCUGUUAGAGCUAAAGGGGUGCGACAGAAUAUAGAUUUAUAUUUAGUUGAAUGCUAAUAUUGAACAUUUGGUCCCAAAGGGGAACAUGUUUACUCUUAAGAUUUCUGUUGCCACUUAAACUAAAUUUCCUUUGUUAUUGGCCACCUAUUAUUAUAAACGCACAUGCAUAUUUUUGAUUUUUAUAUUCUAUAGUUACCUACGAACCGUAAUUCAUGUCUGGUGAGUUCCAAACUUGACAGUGAAAAAAUUAUGCGUAAUAGUUUUUUGAGGUUUCAUAAAUUUGCGUUGGUCACAUACCUUCAAAAAUUGAUUUGUCGAAUACGGAGCAAUAAUCGAUGCAUCGUUUCUAAAAUAAUCGACCGCGCCUCUCGCGCCACGGCCAUCAGGAUGGCGAGGUCAGGGGUCAGGCAACUCCCCGGCCGACGUAAGUCCCUAGCAGCACAGCGGCGCACCGACAGAACAACUCGUCAGACAAACGGACAGUCAUCGCCUGGUGGUGCUACGCUCACCUUAACAUCACUAGUGUGCUUGUGACAACAUCUGUAACCUUGUUUAGUAAUAAAUUUCCUUAAUUUUUUUAA